AUGACGCGAAGCGCCAAGCCGGCGCCGUUCGAGGACGAAGGCGUGGAGACGCUGGACGCGGAACUGUACUCGAUUCUGUUGAAGGAAAAGAAGCGACAAAGACUUGGAUUGGAGCUCAUCGCGAGCGAAAACUUUACGUCCAAGGCGGUGAUGGAGGUCAAUGGGUCGUGCUUGACGAACAAAUACUCGGAAGGCUUGCCGGGACAGCGGUAUUACGGUGGGAACGAGUUCAUCGACGAGACGGAGCGCUUGUGCCAAAACCGUGCGUUGAGCGCGUAUCGAUUGAACCCGGCGGAAUGGGGUGUGAAUGUGCAAGUGCUUUCUGGUUCUCCGGCGAACUUUUGCGUGUACACGGCGAUGUUGCAACCGCAUGAACGCAUCAUGGGUUUGGACUUGCCGCACGGCGGUCACCUCACGCACGGGUUUUACACGCCGAAGAAGAAGAUCUCCGCCACGUCCGUGUACUUUGAAUCCAUGCCGUACCGUUUGAACGAAGCCACUGGAUUGGUCGAUUACGACAAGCUCGAGGAGAAUGCGAUGUUGUUCCGACCGAAGAUGAUCAUCGCCGGCGCCUCGGCGUACGCUCGUAAUUUUGAUUACAAGCGCAUGCGCGAGAUUUGCGACAAUGUCGGCGCGUACCUGAUGGCUGACAUGGCGCACAUCUCUGGUCUGGUCGCCGCGAAACUCGCGGACGAUCCGUUCGAGUACGCUGACAUCGUCACCACGACCACGCACAAGUCUCUUCGAGGUCCGCGUGGGGGUAUGAUCUUUUACAAGAAAGAGUACGAGCAAGCCAUCAACUCGGCGGUUUUCCCUGGUCUCCAAGGUGGUCCGCACAACCACACUAUCGGCGCGUUGGCCGUGGCGUUGAAGCAAGCUCAAACUCCGGGCUUCGUGAAGUAUCAAGAGCAAGUCAUCAAGAACUGCGCCGCCAUGGCCAACCGCUUGAUGGAACUCGGCUACACGCUCGUCUCCGGCGGCACGGACAACCACUUGAUCUUGUGCGACUUGCGCCCGAAGGGCGUGGAUGGUGCGCGCGUGGAGAAGAUCCUUGACUUGUCUCACAUCACCCUCAAUAAGAACUCAGUUCCGGGCGACACCUCGGCGCUGAUUCCUGGUGGCAUUCGUAUUGGAAGCCCUGCGAUGACGACGCGCGGCAUGACGGAGGCUGACUUCGUUCGCGUCGCCAAUCUUAUCGACCAAGGCGUCCAAAUCGCGAUCGAUAUCAAGAAGAAGACGGAGGGUGGUAAGUUGAAGGACUUCAAGGCGUACUUGGACGAAAACGACGUCCCGGCCAUCGCCGCGCUCAGAGCAGAGGUUGAAGCCUUCGCCGAUGAGUUCCACAUGCCGGGAGGCCCGGUCAUUUAA